CUAAUAAAGUAACGAUCGAGACUUGGGACGGCGUUGGAAACUAAAUUUAGGCCAGAAUACAGUAUAAGAUCGAUUUAUCGGCAACGAAUAAAACCCACCGAGAUUUCAGAUACCGUCUCUCAUAAACCCUCCCCCGAAUCCAAAGACCAGAAAGAAUCGGAGAAGAGAAAGAGAGAAGAAACUAAAAAGAUGAAGCUGAGAAAAGAGGAGGAGAAGAAAGAUGGCGUCUUGGUGGCGUCCAAUGGUGGAAGAAGGAAGGAAGAAGAAGAAGAAAAGAAGGAGGAAGAAGGAAAGACGGUGGUGGUUGGGAUUAAGAUGGACGCCCAGAGCCGGGAGCUCCUUACGUGGGCCCUCGUCAAAGUCGCCUCCCCCGGCGAUCGUGUCCUCGCUCUCCACAUCCUCGGCUCCCCAGCCGCUGAUGUUUCGGAUCCUGAUGGAAAUUCGCCCUCGUCUCUGCUCUCUCUCGUGAAGGCCUUCGACUCCGUGCUCGCUGUCUAUGAAGGCUUCUGCAAUCUCAAACAAAUUGAUCUGAAACUGAAGCUAUGCCGAGCUUCCUCAAUCGGCAAAGGUUUGGUUCGAGAGGUGAAUUCCUGUGCUGCAAGUAAACUGAUUUUAGGGGUUACGAAGAACAACCGUUCUUUCGGGUCUUCCUCUACCUCAAUUGCCAAGUACUGCGCAAAGAAACUCUCCCGGGAUUGCUCGGUGUUGGCAGUGAACAACGGCAAGAUUGUCUUCCAAAGAGAGGCAUUACCAGCUUCUCAAUCCACAGCGAACAACAGUGUUGGCGGCCAUGGCCAGAGCUCCAGUGUGCCCUUGCAGAAAUCAAAAUGUUACUCCAAGCGAUCCGAUGGCAAGGUUGACAAGUUGGCGAUUAAAAGCCAAGGAGGAAGGAACACCGAUACUUCGAGCACAUUGCUUCUCUGUUUGCCGGUUGUAUCUAAAAAAAGGUUGAUUUGUGGUAGCCUUGGUGCGGACAACGUCUCACCAUCAUUGGAUGACACAAAGAGGGAAAACUCUGGUGUUUGUUCACCUGAUUCCCUGCCUCUGCGCUCUGAAUUGGAGAAAGGUGAGUCCUUGGCCCUGGUUCCUGUGAAGAAACCAGUGGCUCCCUCGCGCUCUGUCUCUCUCUUGAUCGAGGACUUGCCACAAGCAAGACCUGGUUGGCCCCUGCUCAGAAGGUCGGUCUUGUCGGAUCCGAAAACUGCUUCUACUGAGAGAUCCAAGACUUCUGUGGUUCAGUGGGCCAUGCGGCUUCCCAGCCGGUACUCGGCAGUGUCGGCAGUUCAUCCAGAUCAAAAGCCGACAAGUUUGGAAGCAAAUGCCACCUCCAGUGUUGAUGGGGAAGGAGGGGCCAUAGUUCCUUUCGAAACUGAUUCAUGUUGUCCAUCGCCGACAAUUGACGAUGGAGAAAAGAAAAUUCCAAAGGAGUUGGAAUCUCUUAGGGAGAAGUAUUCAUCAGUUUGCAGAUUGUUCAGCUAUGAGGAACUUAUGCACUUGACCUCUAACUUCUCACCAGAGAAGUUCAUUGGGAAGGGAGGUAGUAGCCAUGUCUACAGGUGCUGCCUUUCAGAUGGCAAGGAAUUGGCAGUAAAAAUUCUGAAGCCCUCGGAGCAUAUCCUGAACGAGUUUGUUUCAGAAAUUGAGAUCAUUACUGCAUUAAAUCAUAAGAACAUUAUUUCACUGUUCGGGUUUUGCUUUGAGAAAGAUAAUUUCAUAUUGGUCUAUGAUUACUUAUCAAGAGGUAGCUUGGAGGAAAACCUCCAUGGUGAGUGUGAGAACAAGAAUGCUCUUGGUUGGGUUGAGAGAUAUAAGGUGGCAGUGGGCAUUGCAGAAGCCCUUGAUUAUCUACAUGGUGCCGGCAAUGUUCAACCUGUGAUCCAUCGGGAUGUAAAAUCCUCAAAUAUUCUCCUCUGUGAUGAUUUUGAGCCCAAGUUAUCUGAUUUUGGUCUUGCUAAGUGGGCAUCAGCUUCGACGCUAGACUUGGCAUGCGAUGAUGUUGCAGGGACAUUCGGGUAUGUGGCUCCUGAAUAUUUUAUGUAUGGGAAGGUCAAUGAAAAAACUGAUGUGUAUGCUUUUGGUGUCGUGCUUCUUGAGCUUAUUUCGGGUAGAAAGCCUGUCUGCGCUGACUGUCCAAAGGGCCAAGAGAGCUUGGUCAUGUGGGCAAAGAAAAUUCUACAAGAUGGGAAAGCUGAGCAGCUGGUUGAUCCAUGUUUGGGCACUAAUUACAGUGACGAUCAAUCGGAGAGGAUGAUUUUAGCUGCUUCCCUUUGCAUCAGAAGAGCUCCUCAGUCUCGUCCCAGAAUAGCAACUGUGUUGAAGCUCCUAGGAGGAGAUGAUGACAUUGUCAAGUGGGCAAAAUCAGAAGUCAGUGCUUCCAUAGAGUUUGAUGGGUUGGAUGAUGAAGCACCACUUCGAGAUUCUAACAUUCAGUCUUAUAUAAACCUCGCACUGCUUGAUGACGAUUCACUCUCAGUCGGCAGCGUAGAUCCAUCUGUUGAUUUUAUAGCAGCGAACACUUCCUUGGAGGAGUACUUGCGAGGGAGAUGGAGUCGUUCAUCAAGCUUUGAUUGAUGAGAACUCAUUUGGUCUCCUAUGUUUGUGGAAGGGAUGUUCCUAUGUCGUUUCACUUAUUCAAUCUGUUUGUUUAAUUACAAGAGGAUUUGAGAUGAGAGGUGGCAUGCUAUGCCCUCCUCCUUUCCUCAUUUUAUGCCGUCGCCCUUGACGUGAUUGUUUUUGGCCAAAGGGACCAUUCAUUUCUCCUCAGGUGUUCUCAACCAAAGGGUGAGAAAAUAAUGGAGGAAGUUGAUGGCUUGUCAUAUCUGCAGAGAGCUGUAAUACCCAUAGUUUUUGUUAAUAAAGGGAUUUAUCACAUGUUUCCUUGUA